UAAAAAUAUAGACAGUAGAAUUUAGUAUCUUGUGAUGCCUCUUCUGCUCCAAGUCGGUCCGUUUGACGUCCAACCCCCUUAACAUACGAGCUACAAACACCAUCUCAUGACGGUAGUACCACAUUAACUGCAUUUAAGGGUUACUGUCAUUCAAAUUUCUUUGUGAUUUAUGCUGUUGUCUAUUGAAAUUAUGUUGACCAAUGGGUGUUGUAAGCACAGUUGUUGAGCUUUGUAUGCAUUUUAUAUUUAUUUUGUACCAAAUAUUGUGUAAUAUGCUAGGCUACAGGUAUGAGAAAAUGAGGAGAAGGAAGAAGUAUGAUUACCUGAAUGCUGUCAUUCGUCUUACGUGGGCCACUACUGUCGUUGGCAGUGUGUGUUCUAUUAUCUGUGUGUGGACGGUACCUCAGAUGUACAGUCUGUGGUAAUCUGACCACUGGAUUCGAUGUGAAAACCCUUUUUGAGGCAGUGUUCCUCCUGUGCAGCACGCCAAGCGCUGGAGAGAGCAGGACCGGCCCCUCCUCGCAGCCGCACAGUGGCCACACCGACGACGGCCGGAGCCCAGCCACAGCUGUGCCCCCCACCUCUCCCCAGACGACUCCCCAGCCUGAUGACGUCGCCAUCUCUCUCCUGCGGGAUCCUUCUGGAGGAGAGAAGGGCAAGAUGUUGAUUGCGGCAGCUAAGGAGGGGUCAGUGAGCAAGGUGCGAACGUUGCUGACAGAGGGGGCGGACGUGGAGGCGAUGGACGAAAACCAGCGCAACGCACUGGUCUGGGCAGCAGCCAGGGGACACGUGGAGGUGGUGAGGCUUCUACUGGAGAAAGGAGCUGAUGUCAACGCCAGGGACCGCUGGCGGAACACGCCUCUGCAUCAUGCUGCAUGGAAUAACAAGGCGGCUGUGGUGCGGCUGCUGGCGGCAUCCUCUGCCGACUGCAACGCCAGGGAUAGCAGUGGGGACACACCACUGCACGAUGCGGCACGGCGUGGACAAGCAGACGCGGCGACUGCGCUACUGGAGGCAGGGGCCGACAGGGAAGUCAGGAAUAACGGUGGGGACACGCCGCUGGCGCUAGCCGAGUGGAACAACCACCAGCGGCUCGUAGACAUCCUACGAUCAAGCUAAAUAUAGUGCAAACGACUCUGGAGUAAAAUAAAUAAAGCCUUCUAUGUAAUCUUUGUUACUUAUAAAAUAAAGAAUACAGAAAAGUUUA